AUGUAUCUCCCAGAGGAAAAGCUUGUGUUGGACUUACCUUACCAAAUCAAUCCUUUGGCUACCAACUAUGGAUAUUAUUCACAAGACCUUAAAGAACCUUUUUGCCGAAGUCAGCACGGGACCAACAACAGAACGAACAGCGUUGAAGCGGAGCUAACCUCAUUGCCAGUUCAUGUAUCACUGCAAUGUCGUGAGCUUUGGGACAAAUUCGGCAGCAUCGGCACAGAGAUGCUCAUCACUAAAUCCGGCAGGCGGAUGUUUCCCAGCUGCAAAGUAACAGUGACGGGCCUGAAUCCUACAGUUAAGUAUAUGGUGAUAAUGGACAUGGUGCCGUUUGAUAACCACAAGUACAAGUGGAAUAAGGAUCAGUGGGAAAUAAAUGGUUCAGCUGAUCCACACCUGCCCAACCGCUUCUUCAUCCACCCAGACUCUCCUGCUUCUGGAGAGAAAUGGAUGCAGUAUCCAAUCUCUUUCCACAAACUCAAACUGACCAACAACACACUCAACUCCAGUGGCCUGGUGGUUCUUCACUCCAUGCACAAAUACCUGCCCCGUCUACAUAUAGUCCAGUCUCCAGACCCCAGUAACCCCCACAUGUAUGGUGGGUACCUGCGUUUUACCUUUCCUGAAGCUGCCUUUAUAGCCGUCACAGCCUACCAGAACCAGGAGAUCACAAAACUCAAGAUUGACAACAACCCCUUUGCCAAAGGCUUUCGAGACAGUGGACUGAACAGGAAAAGAUUUAGAGACAAAGAAACCUGUGAUUCAGACCAGCAGGUCAAUCAGAAUUUGACACAGAAUGAGCAAGUGACACGACUGCAGGAAGAUGAGCAGGCGGAUGGGACUGUUUCCAGUUCUGUGGACCAAAGCAGUUCAGCGAAUUCCUCAGACACUGCUUCUGCUUACAUGACCAAUCCGUUUAUAUCAGCAUUCAUUAACACAAGUGAUGGUGGAGUACCGUCGCCCCAUCAAACACACACCAUUCUCAAUCUCUGUAACAUAAACCUGAACAGUCCCAAUGAGGUCGGACCCUCCAUCCUCCACAAUCUACGUACAGCUCCACCCAUGUCUCAAAGUUCCCCUACGGUAGAGAUUAACCUCCUCAACAGACUGCCAUCUCACAUCAGCAGCCCUCUCAUCCCUCAGUAUCAUCACCACAGUCCAAUCUCUCAAACCCCAUGCCGACCCAUGAUCCAUCCCAUACCAACCAAGAAUCAGCAGCCUUAUUUCGGGACCCCUCCCCAUCACUACCGGCAAUGUCCUGACAUGGAACUACCCCUAUCUCUACCUCCCAAACUCAGUCGGAUACAACUACCUGAAAGUGCUCUCAAGAACCUAGAGAUGACGGCGUCUUCCAGCUUUGUUCAUAUGCGGCCUCUUACCAACAUUCUGAACAGGAUCCAGGCACAAGCAUUGUCCUCAGGAACUUCUGAGAAUGUCCUGCAAAAUCUCUCCCAACACGAGCAAUACCUCCGGGAGACAGAAAGAGAGCCCCAUCCACACAUUUAUCCAGACGUUCAGGAGUUUAUCGGUCAACAGUUUGCAUUAAACAGCAUGAUGGUACAGCAAGCAAGAGACAGUCAGAAUGAGGACAGAUCACAUAUUAAUUAUCCUAAUGCGAGACCAUUUGUUGACUACUACUGUAACCAAAAUACUGCCAAAUGAAAGUUUUUCUUUGUUACUUAUUUCAAAAGAGACUGUUGAGAUUUUUACAAGAAACCCAACGUAUGUAAAUAUUUAUAAUAAGCUUUCCGUGUUCUGAGCAGUCACUGAACUCAACAUGAGACAUUUUGCACGCAUGAAAAUAUAAUUUUAUAUUUACGCAACAUUUCUGGUCUUAUUCAUGGUCGACAGUUUCCAUUUUGAAGUUGUAGAACAGUGCAGUUCAAAACAACAGCAAUAGUGUUUCAUGUUUAUAAAACAAACAAAGAUGAAUUAAAUCAAGAAACAUUUAUUGAAUGUGAUCUGAAAUACAGACUUCUGAAUAGAUAUGCAUUAAUUGUAUAGUCAUUCUAUAGCAAGGAGAGUUGUAUUAAGAAAGAGGCAUUAAAUAUAUACAUUGCUAUGUAACGCAUUCAUUACGUGUGAUUGUUAGUGGUGGAAACAACAACACAAAAUCUAAAACAAACACAUUCAGAUCAGAGAGAACAGGAUUAUUUGGUUUAGAUUAAGCAUAGAAAAGUUCAUUUUGUUGUUCAAUGUGUGCAGCAUUUUAUAAACACCUGCAGCAUUUCAGCUGACGGUUCCCUUUUUUCUGCAGUUGAGCGAGACAAUAACAAAGUUAAAAUAACUUGGAGUAAAAAUUGAGCUUGAAGAAGAACCUUCACUAAUACUUCCAAUUACCAAAUACCCAAAUUGUUCUGAUAAAAAAAGCCCCCCCCCCCCGAAAA